AGUCGAGUGAGUAAUAUCUUCCGUGUCGUCUCUUUGUUUGCUUUUACCGAGUGACCUAGCGUACCUGUCCCAGAGCCAGCUGCAGCUGUUGCUCACCGGUGUAUCCCUCCACGCAGGACGUAAACACACUGUAGUUCAUGUAUCAAACCUCUUCUAAAACAACUAAAACGGACUCCUGUUUUUUGAAUUAACGUGACGUAUCACCGCCAUACCACGGUGAUACGUCCCUCUGUUACCGCUGUGAGAAAAAAUAUAUACCGUCACAGCCCUAUCAGAAAGUUUAACAUGCAUAGUAGGAAACUUUCCAAAUUCUCCAGAGGUGAAAUAAUUUUGUGACGUCUACUAGGCUAGACACCAUAAAAGAUGUUGUACAUCUCCCAGAACACCCAGUGUUGGUAAAUAGGUUUAAAUGUAUCAAUGUCUUUUUGAUUCAGAGAAUGGAAAACAGCACUGUCUCUUUUUACUUUAACCUAACCAUGUUCAUGAACAUUGGACAUUACCAUUAUCAAGCCUUUGUCUUUUGCCUCCUGCUCUACAGCUUUAUUGUGUCUGCUAAUCUUACCAUGAUAAUUAUAAUAUUACGGGAGAAAACACUACAUGAGCCCAUGUACAUUUUCAUUGCAUUUUUAUCUGUCAAUGCUCUGUAUGGUUCCACUGGUUUCUUCCCCAGAUUCCUCAUGGACCUUCUGUCUGAUACUCAUUUGAUCUCUCAUCCUGCUUGUUUUACUCAGAUUUAUGUUAUUUACACAUAUGUUUUUUACGAACUGACCAUUCUGAGCAUUAUGGCAUAUGAUAGAUAUGUUGCUGUGUGUCAUCCUUUACAUUAUCACAGAAAGAUGAACUCUAAAACUGUCUACAUUUUGACAUUUUUUGCUUGGGUCUGUCCAACCUGUUACCUUACAAUGAGCAUUAUUAUGGUUGUCAGGCUUCCUCUAUGUGGUAACAAUAUACAGAGGGUAUACUGUGCCAGCUGGAAUAUUGUAAAAUUAUCAUGUGUUACCAAUGCUCUUUACCAUAUUGUUGCUUCUUUGGGGGCCACAAUUCUAGCCUCUUUUUUUUGUGGUUUUAUCUUGUAUACUCAUCUGAGAAUUGUGAUUGCUUGUUGGAAGUCAUCAGAGGUCAGAGGAAAAGUAUUACAGAGCUGUCUUCCACAUGUUAUUUCAUUUCUGAUCUAUCUCUUCACAUCAUUAAGUGAUGCUGCUCUGAGUCGACAAAAUCUUAAAAAGAUUAAUCCAUUUGUGGCUAUAAUUGUGUCACUAGAAUUUGUUAUUAUUCCUCCAGUUGUAAAUCCUCUUGUUUAUGGCCUUAAAUUACCAGAACUUAGAAAACACAUCUUCAAGAUAUUAUGCUUAAAACCUCAAAUAAAAAAGAUUUCCUGUACAUUACCAGAGUCUACUCUGAUCAUGUGA